AUGGAAAGUUUAAAUAUGACAAACGUAGACGAGUUUCACCUUCUAGGAAUCACUGAUAUCCAGCAGAUCCAACUAUUCUUCUUUUUCAUUUUCCUUUUAUUCUAUAUAUUUAUUCUAAUAGGGAACACCAGUAUUGUGUAUGUGGUGAUCAUGGAUUCAAAACUUCAUACACCCAUGUACUUCUUUUUGGGUAACCUUUCUUUCCUGGACAUCUUCUAUUCAACCGUUACAGUCCCUAAGAUGUUGGCUGGAUUGGUGGUGGAAGACAAGGUGAUAUCCUUCCAAGGCUGUAUCACUCAGCUCUAUUUUUACCACUUUUUAGGGAGUACUGAAGCUCUGCUUCUCACUUCAAUGUCUUAUGAUCGAUAUGUUGCUAUUUGCAACCCAUUACAUUACUAUGUCCUCAUGGGAAAGGCAGUAUGUAUUCAGCUGGCAUUGGGAUGUUGGCUCAUUGGCUUUUUAUAUUCACUAACCCAAACAAUUCUGAUAUCUUUGUUGCCUUUCUGCAAUGAUAACAAGGUCACACAUUUUCAUUGUGACAUAAAGCCACUCCUAAAAUUGGCCUGCAAAGACACGCACCUCCAUGAAAAACUUGUGUCCAUCAUUUUUGCUCUUGUAGCAGUUUCUACAUUUUUCCUAAUUCUCAUAUCCUACAUCUUUAUUGGUUCUCAUCUGUCAAACAUCAAAUCCACUCAAAACAGACUCAAGGCAUUUUCUACUUGCACUUCCCACUUGACUGUUGUCUGCCUGUACAUCGGAACUGCCAUGUGUACUUAUUUAGGUCCAACAACCCAAAAUUCCUUAGAGAAGGAUAGACUAGGUGCUAUCUUGGUCACAGUUAUCACCCCCGCAUUGAAUCCACUUAUUUAUACAUUAAGAAACAAGGAGGUAAAAAGAGCACUUCGAAAUGGAUAUUUUAACGGGGUUUCAUGUUGAAAUAUAAAGAAAAAGAAACCUA